AUCACCACACCCUCCUUCGUCCUUUAAAAACCCCUUCACCCUCUCUCUCAUCAUAACAACUUUGAGCCAUCUACAAAAAUAUCUAUAACUAGCUCACCCAAUCCCAUCUUCCCCUUCACAUCAAUUUUAUUUUUCUUCCUUCUAAAAAUUUCAAAUGGGGGCUUUUCCUCAUUUUGAACCAAUCUCCAAAUGUAGCACAAAAGAUAGAUCAAACCAAACCGUUGCAUCCGACUUAGACGGCACGCUUCUCGUGUCGCGAAGCGCUUUUCCGUACUACUUACUUGUUGCACUCGAAGCCGGAAGCAUUCUUCGAGCACUAAUUCUCUUAUCUUUAGUCCCUUUUGUUUAUUUCACGUAUCUAUUUGUCUCUGAAACCUUAGCCAUCAAAACAUUAAUCUUUGUAACGUUCGUCGGACUAAGGAUUAAAGACGUGGAAAUUGUUUCUCGGUCGGUGUUGCCUAGGUUCUACGCCGAGGACGUUCGUCCUGAGACGUGGAACGUGUUCAAUUCGUUCGGAAAACGAUAUAUUGUGACGGCAAGUCCAAGGUUAAUGGUGGAACCAUUUGUUAAAACUUUUUUGGGAGUUGAUAAAGUGAUUGGAACUGAAUUGAUGGUGACAAAAUCAGGGAGGGCAAGUGGGUUUGUUAAGGAACCUGGAGUGCUUGUUGGUGAACACAAGAAAGUGGCAGUUAUGAAAGAAUUUGGGAGUAACAACUUGCCUGAUUUGGGACUGGGAGAUAGUUUAACUGACUCUGACUUCAUGUCAAUUUGCAAGGAAGGAUAUAUGGUGCCAAGGAACAAAGUUGAGCCAUUACAAAGAAACAAGCUUUUAAGUCCAAUUAUUUUUCAUGAGGGUAGAUUAGUAAAAAAACCAACACCAUUAGUUGCACUCUUAACCUUCUUAUGGAUGCCAAUUGGUAUUAUACUUUCUAUCUUAAGGGUCUACCUAAACAUCCCUUUACCUGAAAGAAUUGCAUGGUACAAUUAUAAAUUACUUGGAAUAAGAAUAAUCAGAAAAGGUAACCCUCCACCACCACCAAAAAAGGGACAAAGUGGUGUUUUAUUUGUUUGUAACCAUAGAACAGUUUUAGAUCCAAUUGUUACAGCUGUUGCAUUAGGAAGAAAAAUAAGUUGUGUAACUUAUAGUAUAAGUAAAUUUAGUGAAAUAAUUUCACCUAUAAAAGCUGUUGCACUUACAAGGGAGAGAGAUAGAGAUGCGGAAAAUAUUAAAAAAUUACUUGAAGAAGGGGAUUUAGUGAUUUGUCCCGAAGGAACAACUUGUAGAGAGCCUUUUCUUUUAAGGUUUAGUGCUCUUUUCGCCGAGUUGACCGAUAGGAUUGUUCCUGUCGCGAUCAAUACAAAGCAAAGUUUAUUUUAUGGAACAUCGGUUCGUGGACACAAAUUAUGUGACCCUUAUUUUGUGUUCAUGAAUCCUAUGCCGACUUAUGAGAUCACUUUCUUGAAUCAAUUGCCUUUGGAAUUGACCUGCAGUGGAGGGAAAUCGCCGAUUGAAGUUGCGAAUUAUAUUCAAAGGGUUCUUGGAGGGACUCUUGGAUUUGAAUGCACCAAUUUAACAAGGAAGGAUAAGUAUGCUAUGUUGGCGGGAACAGAUGGAAUUGUUGCAACUAAAAAGAAAGCUUAAAAUAGUUGCCAACAUUUCGAUUUUAAUUCUAUUCGCUAUUAAAAAAAAUGGAUUAUCUAAAUAACAGAUGAAAAAAUAAAAGUUGUCUUUAAUUUUGUUGUUAAAUGUUAAAUACAACAGAAUUAGAGAUUAAUUUUAUUUUUUCUAUCUUUAUUUUCUGUUGAUAAUUUAUUUUUUCCUAAUAGUGAUCGAUUGCUAUUGGUGUUUUCGAAGCUUUUAUAGUUAUCAGAAUAAUUUUAAAAAAAUAUUGUAUUUAUGUUGCUGAAAAUAACAUUUUAUUAUGUACAUUAUUAUUAUUCUGAUAAAUACAAAUAGUUUAUGUUGUUAUUCAAUCAUAAAA